GUGCAUUAGCGUUGUCUAUUGUGUAAUGAGUGUCCGGUGAUCGAGGGACCGACUGGCUGGAGCCUGACAGAUGUUAUUCCAUAAUAUGGAAUGUAUACAAACUACCAACAUUCAAUCUACGGUCACUAACAAUCAAACCGUACGCUAAGAGAGUACUCUGUUUGCACGUUAUUUUUUAUCCACGUUUUUUUGAAUAUUUUGUUAUUUGAAAUUGUAAUUUUUUCAAAAUUUUUCAAAUUAUGGAACGAGAAUCCGAUAAUACUAUAUCUCCAGGAAAGCCCAACCCAUGCGGAAAGUUUGUUUCUUCAAGUCAAAAGCUGAUGAUUAUUAAUGCUUAUAAAGCAAAAAAGAUCCAAAAUCCAGAUUUAAAAAUGGUUCAUAUGAAAAAAUUACUUUCACUGGAGCUUGGAAUCGGCCAAUCAACAAUCUAUAAUACUGUUUUGGAGUAUCAACGCGAUAAAACCGUUUCUUCACCGAACAAAAGAAAAAAUAGGCGAAAAAUUGCAGAAAAAAUUGACGAGUUUGACAAAUAUGGCAUUAGAAGGAAGGUUCAUCAAUUUUGGCACAACCGUGAUCUUCCUACACUGGACAAGGUUUUAGUUGCCAUAAACGAAGAAGAGGGUCUACCAAAUUUUUCUCGUACAUCGCUCUUUAGGUUGAUGAAAUCUAUGGAUUUCGUUUACGUCCAGCGAGGACGUCAAAGUGCGCUAAUUGAAAAAAUGGAGAUUAUUGUUUGGAGGAGAAACUACCUGAGACAGAUUAAACAAUAUCGGGGAGAAGGUCGGCCCAUUUACUAUUUAGAUGAGACUUGGGUGAACGCCGGAGAUGUAAAUAGUAAAGUGUGGUCCGACAAGACUGUGGUAUCAGCUCGAAUGGCAUCUUCAGAGGGACUAUCAACCGGAGCAGUAAAUCCUACUGGCAAGGGUAAACGAUUGAUUGUCAGCCAUAUUGGUUCAGAAGAUGGAUUUGUUCCCGGAGGUCUUCUAUGCUUUGAGUCAAAAAAAAAUACCCAAGACUAUCACGAUGAGAUGAACGGGAAAUCUUUUCGUGAUUGGUUGGAAGGUGUUUUGCCCAGACUCAAAGAGAACGCAGUCAUCGUCAUGGACAACGCUCCUUACCACUCGGUAAAAUUGGAGAAAUGCCCAACUACAAAUUGGAAAAAAUCUGAUAUUAUCGAGUGGCUUCGAAGUAAAGGGGAGGUAAUCGAUAGCACAAUGGUUAUCGCAGAGUUGUUAGAGCAAGUACAAAAAAUUAAACCAAUGUACAACAAGUAUGAGAUUGAUGAAAUGGUCAAGGCUAACAACAAAACUGUGCUUAGAUUACCUCCUUACCAUUGCGAGCUUAACCCCAUUGAACUUGCAUGGGCUGCAGUAAAAAAAUAUGUCAGAUCCAACAAUAAAACAUUUAAACUACAGGACGUCAAAAAUUUAAUGGUGGAAGCAGUGGACAGAGUUGGUCCUGAAAUGUGGAAAAAUUUUAUCAGCCAUGUCGUCAAAGAAGAAGAAAAAGCCUGGAGGUUGGAUGCCAUGGUCGAUGAUUCCAUGACUGCAGAAAACCAACCGUGCGUUAUGACCAUAGGCAACGACUCGGACGACUCGGACGGUGACUUCAGAUACUUGUCAGAUACUGAUUAAAUGUUGUAUAAUAUAAUAUAUUAUGUUAUGUUGUUGUACAGUGUGUAAUUGUGUAUAUAUUUUGUUGUUCUAAUGUUUGUAAAUGUGUGUAUAUAAUAAUAUGAAUGUCUGUAAUGUCCUAUACAUUAUUACAUUAUGUUGUUGACUGUUGUAUAAUUGUCUAUAAUUACUUUGACUUCUAUUUUAAACAUAGUGAUGAUCAAUAUAUUAUUUCUAAUUAUGUCUAACAAAAGUUUUAUCCUAGGUAAUAUUUUUAAAAAUAUAUUUGAGUUUUUACU